AUGAAAAAGAGGAUUGAAAACAGCCAAAUUAAUGAUGAAAAGAAAAAGAACAAUUUAAAAAAUAUAGGGGAGAAAAAUGAGAAGGGCAAAAAAAAAAUAAAAAAAAAAAAAAUACCAAAAAUUAAGAUUGAAAAUGAAGCUAAAGUUGAAGAUAUUGAAAAAAAAAACGAUUUAUUAGACAACGUCAGAAUAAGCACAUAUGAUGAAUAUGAUGAUAAAUUAGUAAAUAAAAUGGGUUCUUAUAUCGAAACGACAAAAGAAGGAAUAAAAAAUAAAUUGUUUAAAAAAUAUUAUUCUCUAAAUACAAACGUUCCGCUUUAUUAUAUUGAUAUAAAUAUAUACAAAUGCGUAUAUGAUAAUUUUUUUACUAAAUACAUACAUAAUAAAGAAUUAAAUGAUACACAUAACGGUGUGAAUUGCAAAAUAAAAUCGAUGUAUUUUUACAAUAUCCUAAACAGUAAAUCUAUAAACGUUAUUUACCAUUUUUUUAAGGAAUUUUUUAAAGAAUAUGAGUUAGAAAGUUUUCAAAAUUGCUGUGAAAUGCUUCAAAUGACAUAUUUAUUUUUUUUUAUUCUGUUUACUGAUUAUUAUACAAUAAGUCCCAACAUACGAAGCUAUUGUCUAGAAAAUUUUAAAAUCCUUUUUAUUCUGAAAAAUUAUCUCUUUAAAAAAUAUAUAAAAUAUACUAAUAAAAUGAUAUUUAAAAAAUAUAUCUUAUUAAAUCAAUUGGAAAAUAAUAUAAAAAAAAACGACUUUUUUACUAUUGAAAAUAGUAUAAUAACUGAAAUAUUAAAUUCAAAUGAUAAAAUACAAUUUAAAACUGCAACAAUAUAUAUGAUUCCUUCGAAAAAAACAUAUAACAUGCAUUUUGUAAGUUUACUUAUAAAAAAUAGAUCUUAUGAAUAUAUUAAUAAUCAUAUUUUUAUAGAUUUAUUUAAAAUUAAUAUAUUUACUAAUCAAUCGUCUUUGUUGAACUCAUCUUUGGAUGCGUCUACUAAAAAUACAGAAAAGGUAGAAAAUUGUUUUGGUGAAAAAAAUAAUAUGCAUUUUCCCCAGGCUAAUACUAUUAACUUAAUGCCUAUAGAUGAAACGAAUAAUAUACUUUCUUAUGUAUUUGAAAUCGAAAUACCUUCUUAUAUUUAUAAUGAUCAUUAUAUGGAAGUUUUUUAUGUUCAAGUGAACCAAAAUGUGAAACUGGCGAAUUUAUUGAUCCCAGAAAAGUUUCUGCAUUUAAAUAAAAAAAACGAGAUUGAUGAAAUUGUUUUUAUUGAUAAUAUGAACGGCACAAUUAAUGAUGAUGAUCACGUUGAAAAAAAAGCAAAUAAUUGUAUAGAAGACGAAACAAAUAAUAAAAAUGAAUAUGAUACCUUAAAUUUCCAUGAUAAAAUAAAUUUAAUUAAAAUAGAAAGUGAAUGCGUUUCAAUAAAUAAUAAAGCAUAUUUAAAAAUUUAUAACAACAAAGUUGGUAACUAUUAUGUAAGCUUAAAUACUAUAAGCAGCUUCCCUUAUAUUAAAUGGGAAAUUACAUACAUUCAAAACACUGUAAUUAUAAAAAUACAAAGCAAAAUUUCUAAUAAAUUUAUUUUUCACAUAAAUAAUGAUGGUAUAAUAUUACAAGACAAUGGAAUUGACGUGUUAAGUGACAUAUUUAAUCAUCCAUUAGACGUGUAUACAUUAUUAUUUUUAAUGAAAAAAAGAGGAAUUAAUUUGUUGGUUACUGAUAUAGAAAUUGGCAAAAUGAAAAAAAAAUAUGAUUAUGAUUUUAAUUUUAAUAAUACAGAAGAAAGUAUAAUUAAUGAUAUAUUAUUAUGUUUUCGAUUUAUUAACUUCUAUUCAUCUAAUAUAAAAACGUUCGAAUCCAAAACUACUAUCAAUAUAAAAGGAAAUACUAACUUUCCUAAUAUCCCGUUUACAGAUUUAAUAUUUAUGGAAUAUGAAUCACGUUUUUGCAGGAUAUCCAAAAUGGAAAAUGAAGAAUGCGAAAAAAAGCAUGGAAAAAAUUUAUCCAAACAUAAAUCUAUUUUGUUUUGUCUAUUUGAAUUAUGCGAAUUAAUGUUAUUAAAUAAUAAUAAAAAAGAAAAAAAAAAAUUGAAUGAAUUUAACAAACAGGAAAAUGAUGAAGAUACUAAACAGCAUAUAAUGAUGUUUCAGUAUUUUUUAACAAAAAUAUUGAAACAUAAUAAUAUCGAGCAAAUUAAUAAAGUGGUGAAAGAAAAUAUUAACUUAAAAAACAUUUCUUUACAAAGUGAUCACUAUGAUCAAUUUUCAAAAAUUGAAUAUAUCGAUUUCCUACAAUUAGACCAAACAUCUUAUUAUUUGAAUUUAUUUUUGAAGUUUACAAAAAUAAUUUCCUUCACAGAUAUUUGA